AUGAAUUGGAAGAUAUGGUUGGAUCCCAGGAUUUUCCUAAUUCUACUAUUCUGCUUAUUCGCCGGAGCUACCGGAAAUUCCGAUGCCGAGGAAAAGCCGACUCGAUUUCAGAUUGUGACUCUACACUACGAUGAAGUCAAAGAGCCUCUCAUAAUCGUCAUCUGGAUCGUUAUGGCCGCGUCGAUGAAAAUCCUGUUCAACCACGCCCGUUUCCUCUCAAAGUACAUCCCGGAAAGCGCGCUUCUGAUCCUCGUCGGGCUGGCGAUGGGAGGGAUUUUGAAGGCUCUGCACGCCGCGUUCACCGUCUACACCCUCGAGAGCAAGACGUUCUUCCUAUUCCUGCUGCCACCGAUUAUUUUCGACGCCGGCUAUUUUAUGCCGAAUCGGGCGCUGUUCGAGAAUUCGGGCUCGGUUUUGCUGUUCUCCGUCGUUGGGACUCUGUUCAACACGUUCAUGAUUGCC